CUCACUUUUAAUCAUCCAUACAUCCUCAAAACACAUACAAUCCUUCCUUACCUAGCUAUAAACAUUAAAAAUGGGUUCCAAGAGCACCAACAUCGCCAUUGUUUUCUUCCUUUCCUUUAACCUCAUCUUCUUCUCACUUGUUUCAGCAACUCAUCCUCCAGCAACAUGCCCUUUCGAUACCCUUAAAUUAAAGGUGUGUGCCAAUGUACUCAAUGGUUUGCUAGGGCUUACCAUUGGAACUCCUCCAAGGCACUCUUGCUGUAGCCUUAUUCAAGGUCUUGCCGACCUCGACGCCGCCGUCUGCCUUUGCACCGCCCUUAGGGCCAAUGUUUUAGGCAUCCGCCUUAAUGUUCCCAUUUCUCUAAGCUUGCUUCUCAACGCUUGUGGCUGCAACUACCCCGAUGGUUUCACUUGUCCCUAAACCCUAUAUAAACUGUGCCGCUCAUAAAGGUUACAAUUUACAAAAUGGAUAAUGUUCGUCCUACUUAAACAUGUGUGUGCUAUUUAUUUUUUUGUUUGUUUGCAUGUCUCGCGUGUAAUAAGUUUUCUCCGCUGGAGAAAGUUUCAGAUUUAUUCGUUCACAAUGUUACUCUACAUAUACAUACAAGUGAUGUUACGUAAUGUAUGAGUUUGGUUUAGAGGUAUUAUUGCAUGGUUGGUUUGGUGUAAGUUGUUCUUAUAUAUAUAUGAUCGAUGAUUAUAGUAUAAGUUUUAUCCAAAUUAUCAUUACCCCG